AAUUGUUUUUUUUUUUUUUUUUUUUAUCAAUUUUGUGAAGUUUAAUACAAAUGAUAAAUGAGAUGUAAAUGAACAUGCUCAAGUUAGAAUACACACAUGUGGGCAUGGUUAUCAGCAAAUGCCUGCAAUCCCAAAAUAUUAAUAUGAUCUGUUUAGGCUUACGAUGCUUUUGGGAAACGCAGCCCAGGUUGAUGCAUCAGUCUGUUGUCUAAAAACACCUUGAAGACUCCGAAGCAUUUCAUUUGGCAUUUGAUACAGACUUUUGAGAAUUACAGAAUAAUUAUCAAGGUAAUUAUAAACUAAUGGUUUUUACCUUGCAACUCCCAAGAGCAAGUACGUAUCCAUUUCCAGGAGGGAACAGGGUUGAUAUACAGCAGUUGACAAAGGUGUUAUCAAACCUCUUUCAGCCUUGUCAAGACCUAGCAUAAGAAAUGUCGGCAGUAAACAACAGUUCUUACUGGGAUUGGACAAAGAACUGCACUUACUCAGAUGAUCUGGCCCUUCCUUUGGUUCCAUACAUGGACUGUCCCACCAACCGCAAAUAUGCCUCCUACUUCAUACCUCUUGUCUUUUACAUGCUUUCCAUCCUUGGAACAAUUGGAAAUCUCUGGAGCCUGUGGACUUGCCUGCGGCCAUCCCAACCUUGGAGUAUUGGGUCCAUCGGUGUACUGAACCUAGCUCUGUGUGACCUUGCCUAUUUGGCCUCUAUGGGACCCUGGGCUGUCUACAUUAGCUCUGACUACCACUGGAAAAUUGGCCGUUCGCUCUGUAUUGUGGUGAAAAUCCUAUACUUCGUCGGGUUGACAUCUAGUACCAUGUUUAUCUGUGCCAUAAGCACCGACCGCUUCCUUGCAAUCGUCUUCCCUCUGGAGUCCCGAAUGAUCCGCACCCCUCGGAACAGUGCACUGGUUUCUCUUCUACUCUGGGCCAUCACCGCCCUCUUCAUCUACUUCAGUUAUCCUAACAUUUUCUACUCUGUCAGGAAGGAUGGCAUCCAUGUGUGUGGAGCGGUGGUGAUCAGUAAGUUUAGGACCACUGAAGCAACCUACAAUCUCAUGUCCUACUAUUCCAUUCAGGUUUCUGUCCCACUGCUCCUCAUCAUUCCCGCCUAUGUGAAGAUCAUUUCCCGGAUGAAGCAUUCAAGGCAGCAGUGGGGCCCAGGCAACAUGCAAGGACUGGACAAGUCCAUCUGGCUGAUUGCCGUUUUCAUUGCCAACUUCCUGGUGUGUUGGGUGCCAGGGCAGCUGCUUCACAUCAUUGCCUGUAUCAUUUUCUUCACUUUGGAUCACUGCAAAAAUGCUUGCUGGGUUGCAUGGGUGGUCAACCUGCUCUCCGAAGCCUCUCAAAUACUGUACUGUCUCAAUGCUUGUCUUGAUCCUUUAAUUUUCCUCAUGCAGCAGAGACAUGGUGAACUGCCUUCUAUGGCUGUGUUUGCAAACUGGGCUAGAAAGUUCCUACCGGCAGGAAAGAAACAAGAUUUGGGAGGGCCUUCAGAGGAACCUACCAGUGUGAUCCAUCUUCAUGGUAGUUCCAAAAACAGAACAUAAAAAAAUCAAAAAAGCAAAAUGGUAAAAACAUGAAAAAAAUAUUUUAAAGACUACCCACAAAUAUGUAGUUGCACAAUUGUAUGUAUUUAUUGUCUUAACUUGUGUUUCUUGUGUUGUAUGGCAACAGCAUUAGCAUUGGGGGUAGGUCUGAUAUCUUUAAUACUGAUGUAAGUUGUUUGUUAUAAAUAAAAGGUCUAUGACUUCUUUGUGGCAAAGCAAGGAAAUCAACUA